AUGAACCUCUUCGUGCCAACCUCUCCCGUCUCCUUCCAUUCGCAUCCAACCCUCAUCAUCCAGAACCCCAAUGUCUCGACAUCGAUGGUUUCCUCGUCAAACGAUGUGGGUCUCAUCACCUACCCGGCCACCGUCAACAUAGCGACACUUGUCGUCUUCUUCCUCUAUCUCGUCAUUUCCAUCUGGCUCAUCUUCCGCCAGGGCCUGGGUCGCAGCUCCCCGUGGAUAUGGCUCACCUUGUUAUCCAUAUGUCGGCUUACCCAGGUGUCACUCGAUUUGGCGGCCACAACCAUGUUUCCAAAGCUCACCGCGUCAAACACGAGUCUUGAAAGUGGUGUUGCGAUCCUGACUACCAUGGGCCUGACGCCAUUGUUCAUGGCUACCAGCAGCCUGCUCAACGCGACGACGCGCCCCAAAGGUCGACGCAUGCAAUGGAUCUUGCUCAUGGUUCACAUCCCGCUCAUUAUUUCCUUCAUUCUUAUCGUUGCUGGCGGCAUCGAUCCGGAUUCUCGAGAUGGACCCACUUUUGCAGCUACGGAAGCCACCAAGGCCGGGGUUUCGCUUUACUUGGCGUGUUUCCUCGUCUUGAUCUGGUCCACUACAGUCAUCUCAGCGCGUCUCUACCUUGCCGAUAGAGAUGAGGUCCGAAUUCUUACGACUGUCGUUUUGAGUCUGCCGUUCUUCGUCGUCGAUGUUGUCUACAUGAUGUGCUUCGCUUUUGAGAAAUGGAAGCCCAAUUCCGGCCUCGACGGUUGGCAGACUAUGCGUUUCAACGUCAUCAGUGGUGACGUGACGCUUCAACUGUGCAUGCAAGUCAUUAUGGAAUGGGUUAUCGUCGGGCUUUACCUUGGUUUGGGUCUCGAGCUACCUACUAAGGCUGUAAGACUACGAAGGCAGAUGCAAGAUCAGAUGGAUCAAGCUAGGAACAUUGAUGUGGACGCAUGGCAAGAGACGGUGCUAUGGAAGCUUCAUGAUGGCGUCUCACGGCUCGUUGCAGCAAUGAUCAUGCCGGCCUUGCAGUUUGCGCAUUGGAUGUUAGGAAAGAUACUGCGGUCCGGGCAGCAAAACACGCCUUGA